AUGGCUGCAAGACCUAAGGGAGGGCAGAGUCAUGGCGAGCUAUCUGGCAAAGCUUUAACAUCUGAAAUUGCACGGCUGGGUCGGAGCGGCCGAUGGCAGGAGGUCUUGCAGCUCGCCACUAAGACAUUAUCAAGUGAAGGCGGUUUGCGGCCCAAUGUCAUCUCCAUGAACGCAGCCCUGGCUGCCUUUUGCCGAAGCAGAGCCUGGCGAUGGUCCCUGGCUCUUCUGGGAGUUUUGGAGACCAGGGGUCUGGACCCCGAUGCAGUGACUUGUGGUUCAGCGAUCCAUGCCUGCGGCAUUGGGAACUCGUGGCCGACCUCCAUGGCACUACUGCGGAGGAUGAAGACCUUGAACGCAGAGCCCAGCACGACCACGCUGAACGAGGCCCUCAACGCUUUGCAGUUUGACACCCCCAACUGGCAAACUGGACUAGAGUUAGCAGAGCGCAUAGCUACGGAGGGGCUCCGACCGGAUGUUAUCACGCGGGGUAGCUUGGCCUCUGCCAGCGGGCACAGAUGGGCUGAGGCCCUGAAUUUGUUUCGAAGCAUGGGGGGCGCUGCAGCCUUGAGCACGGCACUGGUGGGUGGUAUCAUUUCCAGCUGCACCGCUGCUUUGCGCUGGCAUCGCGCCAUGGAGUCCCUUCUCCAUUUGCGUCAGGUGGAAGCUGGUGCUGGGGUCAGCGGGAGCUUGGUGAUUUGCCGUGGAUCGGUCCUGAAAUCUCUAGCACGGAGCUUCCGUUGGGAGCUUUGCUGUGCCGAGCUCCUGGAGAUGUGGCGCCGAUGCCGCAGCCAGGAACCUCGCUCUUCUGCGGAGCCUCCACCUGACCUGUGGGCCCACAACGUGUGCAUCAGCGCCUGUGAGCUCAGCGGCCGCUGGCGGCAGGCGCUGCUCCUCUUGCGACUGGCCAGGGGCUGCCGGCUGCAGUUGGACGAGAUCAGCUUCGCAUCAGCGGCGAGUGCUUGCACGAGGCGAGGCCUGGCUUGGGCCUUUGGCCUCUGGCUCUUCGAGGAGCUCCGUCUGGGGGGUGGCCCGGAGCCGGAUGCGGUGUUCAUGACCGCGACGUUGACUGCCUGCGACGUGGGGCAGCGCUGGCAUUCGGCUAUGAAGUUGCGUCGAACGCUGGAAAUGCCAGGCCUCCAGACAGACGAGGCCAUGAACCUCCCCGUUAUGAGCUGCUGCCAGAGGUCAGCUUUCUGGACCACUGCUCUGCAGCUGCUGGAGGAGAUGCCUCUCACCUACGGUGUCGGUAACGCCGCCGUCGGCGCAUGCAGUCGGGCCAUGCAGUGGAUGCAGUCGAGCUUCCUCCUGCGCUUCCUUCCCGAUCGAGACGUGCUCUCCUUCGCAGCCUUCCUCGAUCCCUCG